GUAGUUCAUACAGAGGCGGUAAUUGGUUUAACAGCACUCUCCCUUCGUUUCACGCUGCCAUCUGCUACCUCUUCGCCCGCUCUCUGCACCGCUGUCGCCUUCACCUCAGUUCGGCUUUUCCUCUCCGGUGGUCGGCGGUCGGUUUCGUACCCCAAACUGCCACAGUUUAACAACGACUCAGUAGUCAGCACCAGCUCUUUUCUUCCCGUCGGCCACCGCCUUUGCCGCCAGAACUAUCCGCUUAGUCAGCUAGUUUCUCAAAUAUUUCUCGCAAUGAUGAAUCAGUUACGGAAGCUGUUCCUCCACGAUAGCUACUACGCCAAGUACUUCGUCGCGAGGCAAGAAUCCUACAGGCGGCUAGCCGACCACGUUCUGCGGCGAUGGCAAUCGCGAACCUCCGGGGAUACUUUCCAAGAAUCAGACCCUACGAGAAGAGAAGCAACGGAAUCCCCUCAGGUUUCCUCCAGGCCCAUGCGCACCAAAUCUACCGCUAGCAGUGAAAACGACGCAGGCUCCAAUAAAUGGAAGCUGGAGCCUGUUUGGUUCACGAAAACCCUUGAACCAGCCUUGCAAUUCUGCAGGUGGGCGCUACCUGGAGGGAGUGGGAUUGGAAACAAAGUCCCUCCAAGUGGUCGAUCUAUUUCAGAAGUAAUUUCUAGCAUUCAGAGGAGUAAGAUUGGGAUUGAGGAUUGGACCUUGAGUGAUUUUACGAUUGGCUUGUAUCUUCUAUAUCUUCGUCAGGGUUCUUUGAAUGCGUUUGAGGAUGUUAAGGGGAUUCAAGUCUCUUCUGAAGCAAUAAUUGAAGAUCUAAUAUAUCACCUUGAGUUGGCAAAAGGCUGUUAUAAGGGUGAUGUUUCUGGUCUUGUCCGGCACAGCAUGCUCCGGGAGAAAAAUAUUCUCAAAUAUGUGAAAGAUUCUAGUGUGAUGAGGCCUGGAUACUACAUUGGCAUUGAUCCACGCAAGAAGCUUGUCAUUUUGGGAAUUCGUGGUACUAAUACAGUAUAUGAUCUCAUCACGGAUGUUGUUUCGUCAAGUGAUGAUGACGUCACUAUUGAGGGUUAUUCAACCCAUUUUGGCACUGCUGAAGCUGCUCGUUGGUUUCUUAAACAUGAGAUGAAAACCAUAAGGAAGUACUUGGAGACUCAUGAUGGAUAUAGGUUUAGGGUAGUGGGUCAUUCUCUUGGAGGUGCCAUUGCUUCUUUGCUGGCAAUCAUGCUCCGCAGAUGUUCGCAUGAAGAACUUGGAUUUUCUCCUGAGCUUGUUUCUGCUGUUGGGUAUGCUACCCCACCAUGUGUCUCCAGCAAACUUGCUGAAAGUUGUUCAGAUUUCGUUUCUAAUGUUGUAAUGCAGGAUGAUAUCGUACCUAGGUUAAGUGCAGCUUCUUUGACACGAUUGCGGAAUGAAAUUCUUCAAACUGAUUGGACCAGUGUAAUUGAGAAAGAAGACUGGAAAAGCGUUAUAGGUAUGGUCACCAAUGCAAAGCAAGUUGUGUCUUCAGUUCAAGAUGUGGCUAGCAAGCUGGCUGACUUUGCUAAGUUUUGGGGUAAGAGUUCUCCUGAUUCUCCUACCAGGAAGGCACCUCGUGUUGCUUUGACCUCCAAAGCUGCCACAGAGAACGCUGAUAUCAACGAAAAGGAAGGACACACAAAUAUCGUGCCAGAGGAGUUGUUCGUGCCAGGGUCCGUGUACUAUCUCAAACGGAACGUCGAUCUCAGCAGCAGCAACAGCAGCAGGGGCUUGGAAUAUUUCACAUUGCUGAAGAGGCAGCCAGGUGAGCAUUUCCAGAAGAUAAUUUUGUCGAACAACAUAAUUUCAGACCACAAAUGCGACAGCCAUCAGUACGCUCUGCGGGACGUACUCAAAGGCUUGCCUGCAAUAGUCGGAUCUCGUUUCCCCGUCUCGGAGUUCCGUUCCAAUUCAUUCCCCAUCGGCCUAUCAGGCGGCCACCAAGGAGAAGACGAAAGAAACCUCCUGGACAUCCGGAACAACAGAACUGCACUUUUUGAUGGAAUUGAGGAGGGUGGUAUCAGGGCUUCUGCUUCUUACUCCCAUGAAAUUGACGAGCAAGAUAAUGAAAGUGCUCUUGAAGGUUUGCAAGACAGAGUCAGUCUCCUGAAGCGGGGCAACGAUAUGGAUUCAUCCCGAGGAGUCCUAUCAGGAACAAUGGAUCGUUUCAAGAUGGUGUUUGAAACAAAAUCAAGCAGGAGAAUGCUCACGCUAGUCGCAUCAUUUGUGGCAGUAUUCCUCAUUGUAUACUAUCUCACUAGGUGAACAAGAUUGCAGAAGCCCUCAGCCUAUUUUGUAAUGUUGUUACAACAUGCAUAUCCUUCCAGACUGCUUUAUAGUUUUCAGCUUGCAAUACAUAAACGAAUUCGUGGACGCUGGUUGGCCGUAAAAAGUUUGUUUGCCUCUCGAUGUGAGGCGUGUUUAUGUUAAAUCAUCCAUCGUGUAAAAAGUUUGUUUGAAAGGGACAUAUUGUUUUUCUAAUUGAAGUCAUCUUAGCAGGUGGGGAUGUCUAGGGGUGUUAAAUUGGUAUGGUAACCGUUUUAGCCGGCAGUAUUUGGUUAAUUGAGAUAAUUAGUUUGAUU